UUGAUAAAUUAUACGUCUUUGGUCCCCAGAAAAAAAACAUAGCAUUUAGAAUAAAUCUGGAUAUAAAAAGAAUCGAUAUCAAUUGAUUCAUUAAGUAGUGGACGAAAUUAUUUAUUAUUUUCUAAGUUUUAUUUUAAUACCAGGCCUAAGUACUCGAUCCCAGAGAAAUGCUUAAUGUCAAUGACAGACGCUAGCAAAUGUUAGUUAAAGUCAUGGCUUUGGUCAAACAAAGUUAUUUUAUUGCGGGUCGUUUCUCCAGCAACCACCUGUGGUUGAAUCCCAAAUGCAACCAACAUGUGUACGCCGUCAGCGGACUGACCACAGCGGCCAGGUCAUCCCAGACACAGAAGGACCGCAAGAAGGAGCUGUCCGAUGACGGGCCCGGCCUCCAGGACUUUAUAUCCGGGGAGCUGUCUGAGAAGAACAACUGGGAGGAGUACAGGGAGACCUGAA